AUGCAGCCUCAGAAUCUAGAACAACUGCUAGCUGUUGUUGCAGACUAUCGCAAGAAAAGGGAAGUGGUGAGGACGAUAGUCGUAUUGACGACGCCGUCUCUGGCUUCUCUACUUGAGCCUGGGGAUUUCCCUAAGGAUCUCCUCCCGGCGCUAUAUCAUGGACGCCGGUCAUCUUCUGCACAAGAACCAGAAAUGGUUGUCAAGUGCGUUUACGGUGUUAUCGACGCAUUGCCUGUACCUGCCCCCGUUCUCGCAAGGAAAGACGAACCCUCGCCUGGUCUCACUGGGACCGAAGGGCUUGCAGUUUUUCUAAGUUCCGACGAUGGACGCUCGCGGUCUCGCUAUGCCUCCCCGAUGGCGCACGGCGGUGAAGACGGAGAGGCCGCCACAAUCCUGGAAUUCGCCACUGCGUUUAGCCCCAGCGAUCUCGACGCUGGCGACAAUCAAGGCACGAUUACCUCGCGGCACGUAAGCUUACCAGUCGCCAACACAAUUUUUGUCAAUGGCCAACGAAGUACGUUAUUCGAGGACGGCUGGGGGAUCAAGUUCGGCGAAACCGAUGAGGUGACCGUCAACUAUCUUGGUCGAAAACCACUUUCCUCGUACCAUGUAGACCUGGGCUGUCACUCCGAUGAGAUCGUGAAAGGAGGAUCUAGUCCGCUCCAACAGUUGACCGAACCUAGAAAGGUGAUCGGAUCCAUGGGCAACGUCCUGGCCCAGAUCGAAGUCGGCACUGAAGCCGUCCCUGCCUCACGAGAGCUAGAAAAGGCUGUCCAGGCAUUCAUCGAACGCAAUCCUACGAGUACUGCGCAGGGACCACUGCUUGUCUAUGCUCUUAUACGCCCGCAAAGCAUGACGAUACCCACCAAAGGCAGCAGAGAUGGCCAGCCAUACCGUCCCCUAAGCGUCCUGGAGGCCUUGUGGCGAGGAGCAAAGCUGUUCAAAGUAUCAGGCGGUGGAGGAGGCUGGGGAAAGCGGCAAGGCCUCCUUUCUCUGGAAGCUGCGGUGAAUUUCGAAGGCCGAGAUUCUCAGUCGACAGCGGGAUUUCCCGACCUUGACGAUGAUCAAAGCGUCGCGGAAGCACUCGGAUCGCGUGGUAUAAUACCUCCAUCGAGCACGGUGGAGUUCCUGGUGCACUCUCCGAGCCCAGCCCGUUCAGAUCCUCAAGCUCAGAACUAUUCACCGGCGCUGUCGGAGACCCAAACCUCCACAGUGGUGCUUGGUACCGGCGCAGACCCUGACACGCGAGAUUAUGUGGCGAUGGACAACGACAGCAACGGUACAGGGGUUCGAUUUGUGCCUCAUCAUUUCGGAAUGAUCUCCUACGGCGGUGCGGCUCUGACCAGCAUCAGUCGUGCCCCUCUCUCACAUCUUGCGCCGAUCAAGCGUACGGAGACACGUCUUGAUGUGCCAAAUACACGCUUUAUCCUUGGUGGCGAGAGGCAGCACUAUCCCGAUCUUGAUCUGGACGCUGGGGGGUAG